AACAGCCCGGCCGGCAGGCUGACGGAAGAGGCGGUGCUCAAUACGGAAGUCCCUGAGCCAGUUUUGGUCACGUGAGAGAAGGUUCUGCGCAGAGCUGGCACUCAGGAGGCAUGGCACUCUGGCGAGCAUACCAGAGGGCCCUGGCUGCACACCCGUGGAAAGUCCAGAUUCUGACAGCUGGGUCACUGAUGGGCGUAGGAGACAUUAUCUCACAGCAACUGGUGGAGAGGCGGGGUCUCCAGCAACACCAGACAGGCCGGACUCUGACCAUGGUAUCCCUGGGCUGUGGCUUUGUGGGCCCUGUAGUCGGAGGCUGGUACAAGGUUUUGGACCACUUAAUCCCCGGCACCACGAAGGUGCAUGCACUGAAGAAGAUGUUGUUAGAUCAGGGGGGCUUUGCCCCGUGUUUCCUAGGCUGCUUUCUCCCACUGGUAGGGAUACUCAAUGGACUGUCAGCCCAGGACAACUGGGCCAAACUGAAGCGGGACUACCCUGAUGCCCUCAUCACCAACUACUAUCUCUGGCCUGCUGUGCAGUUAGCCAACUUCUACCUGGUCCCCCUACAUUACAGGUUGGCUGUUGUCCAGUGUGUUGCUAUUGUCUGGAACUCCUACCUAUCCUGGAAGGCUCAUCAGCUCUAAGCCUGCCUUGGUCCAUGGUUUGCACCUUGUACUGAUGCACUGUGGCCCUGAAUGCUUGGACAGCUUCCUUAAACUAAGCACAUCAGAGCUGGAGAAGUGGCUCAGUGUUAAGAGCAUGGACUGUCUGCUCUACAGAGGACCUAAGUUGGCUUCCAAGUACCACAUCGGGCGACUCACAACUCCUGUGUCUCAAGCUCCAGGAGAUCUGAUGUCCUCUUCUGGCCUCUGAAGCACCUGCAUUCACUUGUAUAUAUUACCAUGCAUAGACACGCAUUUGUUAUUAAAGCACAUAAUAAAAUUUUUAAAAGGA